AUGGCUUCCGUCAAAUCAAAGAAAGGUCCCACUCAGGCCGAAUUGAUGGUCAAGGCGUGUUCGGAAAUUAUAAACGAGCUAAUCAAAGCUCAUGAGUCAAACAAAGAUGUAAACCUUAAUGG